UGUGGCUUGCAGCUUCGAUUGUGGCGCCAAGCCCCAAAUUCGUCAAUCAAGCUGCGUACGACGGUUUCUAGGCUUCCACUUCAAAGCCAAUCGAAGUCCAUCAGUGACCUCCACCCUCUGUUCUACUGCGGCACAAAUAACCAUGACAUACAAUUCUUCGUUACGAACUUCUGCCAGAGGGGGCAUUGCUACUCUAGAUUCCUUCUGCGACAUGCUGCGGUCGAGUACAAGCACUCUCGUUGACCGUAGCACCGACUCCACCGAGUGAGGACUUUCACGACUCCCAGCCACUUCGACAUUAUACAGAAGAGAGAAGGAAAGAACGAAGGGAAAAUCUUGCUGGAACGGCAAUCCGCGAAUACAAUGAGCACGAAAUAUAUGACCAAAGUCGGCGAAGAGCUGGGCUUGGUUUCCCUUUGGUCCUCCACGAUCGACGUGAAGCUUCUUUGCUCACAACGUUUCGUGCGACUCUUUGCCUAUGGCGGCUCGACUCUCAUCCUCGUAUCUUACCUGCAGGAGCUGGGCAUCUCGAAAGAGAAGAUUGGAUUGUUCAUGACAUUGACUUUGGUGGGAGAUACGGCGAUCAGCUUUGUCCUCACUCUGGUCGCAGAUGCGCUAGGAAGAAAAUCAAUACUGGCGCUGGGGGCGAUCUUGAUGGCUGCGUCGGGUGUCAUAUUUGCUCUGUUUGGGAACUAUUGGAUAUUGCUUCUUGCAGCUAUUGUUGGAGUUAUCAGUCCCAGUGGGAAUGAAAUCGGUCCCUUUCGCGCAAUCGAAGAAAGCACCCUCGCUCAACUCACGCCGGUCGCCAACCGUGGUGAUAUAUAUGCUUGGUAUUCUUUGAUCGGUACAGCCGGUACGGCGUUCGGACUCAUGACAACUGGCUGGAUAUUGAACCACAUGAUAAACGAUCUACAAUGGGGGGCUAUCGCGUCAUAUCGGAUUGUCUUCUGGGCAUAUGCUGGUUUUGGGAUACUAAAGCUGUUACUCACUCUUGCUCUUAGCGGAGCCGUAGAGCUGGAGAAGAAACCGACGCCCAUUCAAGAUCCGGAAUCUGCGCCGCUGUUGGGAGAUGGUGCUGAAGAGGUAGAGCCGAAGAAGGGGAAUUGGCUCUUUUCGAAAUUGCCGGAUUUCAGUACGGAGAGUCGAGCUAUUGUGAUCAAUCUGUGUAUUCUGUUUGCAUUGGAUGCUUUUGCAUCUGGCCUUGCUCCUCUUUCCUGGGUAACGUUCUUCUUCCACGAGAAAUUCCACCUCAAAGAAGGAGUCCUCGGCUCCCUCUUCUUCACAACCGCCAUCAUCGCCGCAAUCUCUAUGCUCUUCGCUUCCUCAAUUGCAAAACGGAUCGGCAACAUUCAAACAAUGGUCUUCACGCACCUCCCCUCCGCAGUGUUCCUCGCUCUCAUUCCGAUUCCCGAUAAUGUAUCCGUUGCCAUGAUGUUUCUCAUUCUACGCUCCUGUACGCAAUCUAUGGAUGUAGCGCCCCGCUCGGCAUUCCUCGCCGCUGUGGUGUUACCGCAUGAAAGGACUGCCGUGAUGGGUAUGGUCAAUGUCGCGAAAUCCAUGGGUCAGAGUUCUGGGCCGUUCAUCACAGGUCUGUUGGCUGGAAAGGGUAGGUUCUGGAUUGCAUUUGUCGCGGCCGGUACGUUGAAGGCCUGUUAUGAUUUGGGUAUGCUGGCUGUUUUUAAAGGGCAUAAGACGCAUGAUGAUCAUGCUGAGGAGAGGAGAGCUGCUGAGGAAGAGAGACUGAGGGAGAGUGAAGAUCCAGAUGAGCGAUGAAGGAGUGACCGGUGCGUGGGUAGAAGACAGUACAAAGUUCAGACAAAGGUCUGGAGAAGUAUGUCACAUGCAGGUAUGUGCAAGAAACUCCUCAUAAAUCUUACUAUAUAAUAGAUAUAUCUAAGAUCUCUGUGAGUCACAGUUCUCUCUUUCCGACCUUCACAAUGGUGGCUUUACCAUGUCCAGAGAAUAGACUGUGUUGCUUUCUUAAAUCAAUUUUGUUAUGGAUCCCGCACCUUUCACCUGUUCUUUUUUGGUGGGUGCCAGACUGUCGCUUUGAUCGUUCUUCACGAUAUAUUCGAUAUUCCGAUAUUUCUACAUCCAAAGGCGCUUUCCUCGUGAUGGUUGAUUUACGUGGCAACGGCCGGGUAAAUUGGUUUCGGCCGACCCUGCAUAAUGGCGCGUGAAGAAGCGGUGGUACGUGGAAUAUUGUUUCGCGGAUCUGGCGUUUUGGCGGUUAGAGGCUUGCUUAUACCUGAAACUGGAUGAAACUGGAUACAGAAUUGAAAUAACUUAGGAAAAGCUGGGAAACAUCUAUAUUAAAAUGCCCCUUAAAGGACCCAGGCGAGCGAGCGUGACAAGACUCAAAUCAACAAUUCGAACAGAAAAUUAUAGCAGAAACAAAGACCACCUUUCGAGGCGAUCUGCAAAGUCAGGCACGGGUAUAGGGUAUUCAAAACACUCCUGACAAGCAUAAGAUCGCCCAGUCUAAACUCUUCUAGAGAUUAUUUAGACGGUGGAUUGAUUAACGACAGUUGCGCGCUUCUCAUCAAUGGGAUCAUGCUCGUUGUGGAUGUCCUUCUCAACCUCGUGGAGAUCCAAGUGGGCAACCUCAGCACUCUCACCAUCGAAGAUCUUGGCGAGUUCCUCGAGAGUGGGAC